AUAUUUCCAUCCUCGCUGGACAGAGACAUCUUUGUUAACCCGGGAGCAGCAAGGUCCUUAUAGCGUCUCACCUCUCUCUCGCUGUCCACAUUCUCCCGUCCGUGUACGCAGGCAAACAUGACUCGCUCGGCAACUCCACGGCUUCUGCUGCUGCUAUUUGCUGGACUCCUGCUCCCUGCGAUGCUUACAGGGUACCCACAGGCGGCAGCACCUACUCUCUGGCAGGAGCCUCCAGAGCUUCCUUCUGGAUUGGAACCCAUUGAAACCACACCGUCUAUUCGUCUAUCAGAUGUCACAGGGGUGCCACCCGAUACUCCUGAACCAGAUCCUACGCACGAAGAUCCUCUCGGUAAUGGUGAUGGUUCUUUGGGUCCUGGAGCGGUAGCUGCGAUUGUCUUGGCUGCUUUGCUGGGGACUUCUGUGCUAAUUGCUCUGAUUGUUAUCACCCUCAGAAAAUUUUCAGCCCCAUAAACCAAUAAAGAAUCAAAUUAUGUGCUGACCUUGAUGGCCUGUGUGCAUGUAUGUGAUAAAAAGCUGACAACUAAAUUGGAGAUGACUCUUCUGUUCUAAGCCAUAGCUCUCUAUCUAAAGCAUGCUUGGUGGAACUAUGAUCCUGCAGCACAAAUGUCUUUAAAUUACAUGCGUUUAAAAAAGCAUUACACAACCAUGAAUGUGAAUAUAAUGGGGGGUGGGGGAAAGGAUUUUGUUUUGGAUAUGUCUGUUGAUCAGAUAAAUAAAAAUACUGCAUUUAAACCCUAAA